AUGAACAAUGAAUAUGAAGCACUAGAAGUAAUAGGUAAAGGAUCAUAUGGUACUGUACGAAAAGUACGUAAUAAAUUAGAUAAUUCAAUUUUAGUUAGAAAAGAAAUUGAAUAUAAAUCUAUGAAUAAUCAAGAAAGAAAUCAAAUUAUAUCAGAAUUACGAAUUUUAAAAGAAUUAAAUCAUAAAAAUAUUGUAAAAUAUUAUGCUCAUGAUCAUAUCGUUAACUCCAAGACUAUACAUAUUUAUAUGGAAUAUUGUUCAGGUGGUGAUUUAUCUAAUUAUAUAAGAGAAUUUAAAAAUAAUAAUGAAAAUGUACCAGAAGAAUUUAUUUGGCAAGUUUUAGUUCAUACACUUUCUGCAUUAUAUAGAUGUCAUUAUGGAUCAGAUAUUUCAAAAGUGAAUUUUAACGAUAGUACAAUUGAUGAUGAAAAUAGACCCAAAAUAAAUUCAGAUUCAAUUAUAAUUCAUAGAGAUAUUAAACCAGAUAAUAUAUUUGUUGAAAAUGAUUUAAUUAAAUUAGGAGAUUUUGGUUUAGCUAAAAUGUUAACUACUUCAAAUGAUUUUGCAAAAACUUAUGUAGGUACUCCAUAUUAUAUGUCACCUGAAGUAUUAAUGGAUGAACCAUAUCUGCCGGUUUGUGAUAUAUGGUCAUUAGGUUGUGUAUUAUAUGAAUUAUGUAAUUUACAACCACCUUUCCAAGCUAAAACUCAUUUACAACUACAAGCUAAAAUUAAAAGAGGUAAUAUACCUUCAAUUAACCCCAUAUAUACACCACAAUUAAGAGCAAUUAUAAAAGAUUGUAUUACUGUAGAUCCUGAAGAAAGACCUACUUGUUAUGAUUUAAUGAAUUCAUUGAGUAUAAAAUUUUUAAGAAAAGAAAUGGAAUUAAAUGAUAGUAAUAUAUCAUUAAGAAAUUUUCAAAAGGAAUUAUUAUCAAGAACUGAAGAAUUAAAACGUAAAGAAAAUUUAUUUAAUAUUAAAGAAAAAAAUUUAAAAGAAAAAGAAAUACGAUUAAAUGAUAGAGAAAGAAGAUUAAUUGAUAUGGAAAAUAGAAUUAACGAAAGGGAAAAUAGAAUUAUUGAAAAGGAAAAUAAAAUAAAGGAAUUAGAAACUAAACUUCGACUGAAAGAAAAUCAAAUCAAUAGUUUAGAAAAUAGUCUAAUUGAUGAAUUCAACAUCAAAAAGCAAGCAUUAGAUUUAGAAUCAAAAGAAAUUAGAUUAUUUUAUCAAACUGAAUUUUGGUCAAUAGUUGAAAAAGAAGUAAAUGAAAGAUUAAAAUCAAGAUUAAAAGGUCCUCAACAACUUGAAGAUUUAAAAAUUUUAAAAACCAAAAAUUUAAAUUUAAAUUUAGGACAUCAACCUUUAACAACAAAUUUAAAUUCUGAUUUUUCAAAAUUUAGAGUUACUGAUGAAUAUGAACGUCAACGAAAUAUGGAAAUUCGUAAAUAUCGCAUAAAUUAG